CACACGCAUACGCACACACACACACACACAGAGACAGGAGCAGCGCGCCGCACAUUCGUGACUCCGCGCCAGAUGCGGUUGGCUCCCAACAGCGCAUGUUAGUCGUAGUUUAAUGGACAUCGCGGAGGCGAGAGGAGCAUCCGAGUGCCUGGAGAAAAUGGAGAAAGAAGUGGCGCCUCAGAAGCGACGUGACUGUCGCACGACAGCGCUGAGCAUGGUCUCGUCGCUGUGCUCAGUGGUGUCCAUCGCGUUCUGCGUCCUGCUGAGCUUCAACGCCGCUGACAUCAAGAACCGAGUUGUGGAUCUGGAGAGCGCGAGAGACGAGCGCGCCUUCGUCCGUGCCCCCGGCUACUCCGUGGAUGAUUUCAAUUCCCUGGUUCAGCAGAAAGUGGACGAGCUGCUCUCUCAGCGCACCUAUGAGAAUUUCGUCAAGAUUCGGACUGCGAGGCAAGCGUCACCUGAAUGCAGCUGCCCCCCAGGACCUCCAGGAAAGCGAGGAAGAAGAGGCCGCAAUGGAGAACCUGGACCUCCUGGUCCUCCAGGUCCCAAAGGUGAAAAGGGAGAUCAAGGCGACCAGGGACCGCGGAUGGUCUUCCCUAAGAUCAAUCAUGGCUUUCUUUCCGCUGACCAGCAGCUCAUAAAGCGACGGCUCAUUAAGGGAGAUCAGGGGCAAGCCGGACCACCCGGGCCUCCGGGGCCGCCGGGCCCUCCCGGACCGAGAGGACCUCCCGGCGACACCGGCAAGGAUGGACCCAGAGGUGUGCCCGGUCUGCCUGGUGAUCCUGGACAGCCUGGAGAAACGGGACCAAUGGGACCUGUGGGGCCACAAGGGCUGAAGGGUUCACUUGGGCCUCCGGGUAACCCAGGUGCUGACGGACUGAAGGGGGAUGUUGGCAUCCCGGGAUUGGAUGGUAUCCCAGGAGGAAAGGGCGACCAGGGUGAAAAGGGCGACAUGGGUGAAGACGGACCGAAAGGCGAUAUGGGAGAGAAGGGAGAUGCAGGCUCCUCUGCUGCCGGCAUCAAGGGGGAACCUGGAGAACCUGGACGAAGCGGACUAAAGGGAGAGCCAGGACUUCCAGGGCUGCCUGGACUCCCAGGGAUAAAGGGUGAACCAGGAUUUCUCGGUCCGCAGGGAGAACCUGGGCUCCCAGGACUCCCAGGGACGAAGGGCGAGAGAGGCGACCACGGCCCUCCAGGAAAGGGCGAGCGAGGAGACAUUGGACCUGUUGGACCAAAGGGUUCACAAGGAGAGGCAGGGACUCCCGGCCCUAAAGGGUCAAAGGGGGAAACUGGAGACAAAGGAGACCUGGGAUCUCUCGGUCCGAUGGGCCCCCCGGGACAAAAGGGAGACCAAGGAGCCACUGAAAUCAUCGACUACAAUGGAAACAUUCAGGAGGCUCUGCAGAAGAUUACCACUAUUACAGUCACGGGUCCUCCUGGGCCUCCCGGGCCGAUCGGACCGCAGGGCCUGAAGGGUGAUCGAGGCAUGCCUGGGCUCCCCGGACUCGAUGGAGAGAGAGGCUACAAAGGCUCCAAAGGAGACAUGGGAAUGCCUGGAGCUUCAGGGGACAAAGGAACAACCGGCUUGCCAGGCUUACCGGGUGUCAACGGGGUCAAAGGGGACAAAGGAGAUUCGGGACUACCCGGUCCUCAAGGCCCGUCUAUCAUCGGCCCCCCAGGGCCUCCCGGCCCCCACGGAUCCCCAGGACCGAUGGGACCCCAUGGCUUUCCUGGACCAAAGGGUGAACCUGGUUUGCACGGCCUGAAGGGUAUGAGAGGGGAGCCGGGACACAAAGGGGACCGCGGUCCGCUGGGUCUCCCUGGAGCCUCCGGCUUGGACGGCAAGCCCGGAAUUAGGGGCAUGGACGGGCCUCCCGGUCCAGCUGGGCCAGCUGGGCCAAAAGGCGACAUAGGUGAGAGGGGCGCUUCAGGAGAGCCAGGACCUCGAGGACCGUAUGGACUGCCUGGAGCUGCCGGGACACCAGGACUGGAUGGGUUGCCAGGCUUAAGGGGAGAGAAGGGCGACGUUGGUGAAAGAGGAGAAAAGGGUUUCCGGGGAUUUAAGGGUGAAAAGGGGGAACCAGGGCAGCCAGGUCUGGACGGGCUGGAUGCCCCAUGCCAAUUGGGCCCAGACGGAUUACCGAUGCCUGGAUGCUGGCAGAAGUGAUCACUCUAACCUGAAACGCAUGGAGUUUGUAAAUAAUGCUUCUUUUAUGGUAUUUAUAGUUUUUUAAUGGAAAAACGAGUCUAAAAGAAAAGAAGUCUUAUGUGUACAACAAUACAACAAAAAAAAGAAGAGAUAACCAUCCUGAGUUCCAUGCCCGAUGCUGCUUCUACUCACCUCGCCGUGUGGAAAAACAAACAAAACAAAAAAAAAAACAAAACAAGAGUGUGUGUCUGCUCUCACAUCUACAUUGUGGUGGACUUCAAGUCGUCGGCUGGUGGCAGAACUUGUCUCUUUAGUCUUUGCAUGGCUCAGACUGGAGCGUCGCAGCCCGGCCAGAUUCACAGGGUGUGAGAGGAGGAGGAAGACGAGGAGGAGGAGGAGGAGGAGGAGGAGGAGAGGGGAUCUGGACUGGCUCCCUAACACCAAACGCUAGGUGUUUUGUGUUUAUGUCGUCUCAACCAAGCUCACCACCCAUUCACGCAGCACCAUGUUUUCAAAGACUAAAACAAAAAAAAAAGACUGUGCCAAACAGAACAUUGCAGCCCCGAAUCCCGAGGUUAAAAAAAACAGCAUGAGUAGUGUUACGGAAACUGUAUUUAUAUGUAUUGUACAUACAUGUCACUGUUUUGUGGUUGCAUCAUGGCUUCUGCAGAAAAUCAAUACUAACAAAAGAGAAACGACGAAACCCCCCUGCUCCCUUCCGCCAGCUCUGAAUUGGUAAUUUUUUGCUUUCCUUUAAUCUUCCCAAGGGAGUCACGCCAUGGCUGGUAGCCUGAACCCCCCCCCCCCAAACUCCCUCCCCACAAAGUCAAGCUGUUGGUUAUUGUUGCUUUAUUGGGGUGAAGCCUGCGGUGGGCGACGUAUCGGCAGGUUUUCGCCGUUGCACUUCGUGGCGCCUCGCAGCGGCCACACGUCUCGGGAUGAGAGCGAGGCGGGAGCCCGGCCGGCUCGCUGCACUGACAGGAAAAACUGAACGCUCGUGCUCGGGGGUGUCGCCCCAGGAGGGUCUCUCGGAUCUCCGCGGAGGCCGCCCGAGGCGCCGGCCUCUCCUGACGGGCGGCCUCUCCUCCAGGUCUACUGAGAGAGUCGACAGAACGCAAUCACGGUGUUUCUUUAUUGUUUCUUUCUUUUUAAGCUCUCAUUCUUACACAUUGUUUGUAUUUUGUGUAUAAUAGCCUUUGGUGCCUCAAGCUUUUAUUCAUUCCUUUAUCAGAAAUGUACUUUAUUGCAUAUUUUCAAUAAUCGGAACAGUGUUUUAUUUCAGGAGGUGGAGCUCGGUUUGUGAGAGGAUUGAUCAAGACACAUUUCGCACUGUUUUUAUUUUUUUAAAACAUGGUUUUUGUUUUGAACAGCAUGUAGCUUGUAGCUUCACGUGAGCGUACGGCGAGAUUGCAUCCAUCCUGACUGUACAGCCACUCAUUUGUAUGAAACAAAUCUGACAUGGUCACAGAUAUGCUGCUUUUUUUUUUCUUUUCAUUCUGGACGUAUUGUAUGAGAUAUUGUUUGUACAGUGUUGUCAGUUCACUGCAUGUACACAAUUUAUGGCAGAUUUCUUAAAUGUUGAACAAUAAGCAUUAAUCUGAGAGAGUGCAUCAUCAGUUUUUGUUUUACAAGCAAACAGCAAGAUUUACAUGAAGACAGUUGCUCGUCAUUCUCACACCGUGUUUGAAAGCAACGAUCAUCCUAAUCUAACACACUGCUCUUUCACGGCACAGAUGUUGUCUUAAAUUAGUACGAAACUGGUAAUACAGCAGUGGUUCUCAAAGUGUGUGAUUUCUCUCCAUCAUGCGUGCAUUAAAUGUAAUAAUGAAGCCGUUUUUCUCACAAGGUGAUUAAACAUUUAACCUUCAGAUUUCUUGGAAAAAACAGAAAUUAGGGAAGAAACGUCAGAUGUCUGGCGCCUUCCAGGGCGGAGGCCCACCCUCCACUUUGAAAACCGCUGCGUUACAACGUCGGAUAAGCUCAAAUCUUAGCUCAAUCGGUCGCCUCCUAUUAUUACCCAUGAUGCAGUGGUGGCCAGUCAUGUCACAUUCCUUUAACAGAUGGAGCAAAAAUAAAUGCAGUACAUUGUUGUUGUUUUUUUUCCAUGCGAGUUCAUUCAGCUUUCUGUAUCCUACUUGCCGUUUGACAUAAUAAGGCGUUAAGCAAGGUAAAGUCACACUUUUUCCCGCUUUUUGAUGAUUAACUGUCAGAGCAGACGUGAGAAAACAUAACCAACCUUUUGCUGUGAUGUAGCAGCAGCCACAGGUGAAUGGGGGAUAUUUGCCUCUGCAUGGUUUCUGUUUGAUUGUACAGAUCAUCUCAUGAAUACUAAGAAUGGAUGCACAUCCGUGUAGAUUCCUAUGGUGCUACCUGAUUGGUCAGUUCGGUCUGAUGUGCUCUACCAGUGGCGAGAACUACACAACAGGUUUCUUUAUUGUCUUUGGAGGUUAUGUAUGUAACAAGUUCAAAGUUUUUUUGUGUGUGUGUGCGUGUGAGUGUGUGCAUAUAUUUGUGUAUUUUAAGUGGUACAUUAUUUAUUUUUCUAUGAUUUCUUAAAUGAAGGCAUUUUUUUUUUUGGUUCGAAACGGCAUUCCUUCCAGUUUUGGCUUCUGGUGUUCGCGGAGUCUGUUGUUAAUCGGAGGAAAUCUGAAUCACGCUCACGCAAAUUGCAAAAAGUCUGGUCGUUUCAGGCUUUCCUGCAGAUCAGUGCGUAUUCACUGUGCAUCAACUUUAAAGGCCUUACCACGACAUGGCUCUGUUUUAAUGUCGUGGGUCAACAAGCUUGACAGGCUCAGCCAAUGCAACUGCAUCCGGUGGAAUACGACAGCCUUUUCACGCGCUUUCUCUCUUCCGUCUCGCGCUCUCGCUUUCUCUAUCUUUACAUUGAAUGUAGUUUGAUAUAUGUAUAGUGGAUUAUUAAUGUACUGUUAAA